AUGCGUCCAGCCAUGCGUAUCCCCCUGCGGGAAGCGCUAUACGUAUGCUCAAACUGCAGACAAGAAGCAAUUCCCCGCGUGUCCCCGCUCGCCCGUCAAUUCCGCCGCAAUGCAUCCUCCGGCUCCUCCGACUCCCCUUCCUUCCUCGACCGCACCCGCCGCCGACUUUGGAACACAGAAAAGCCCCCUGGCGCAGAGGACCCUUACACCGGCGAGUCCCAAUUGACACGCGAAGAGGGUAGUCUUGCUGCUGGAGAGGCUGUGGAGGAGGGAGAUCUGGCUUCGGGAUCUACAUAUGUGCAGGCUGAGACCUGGGAUGGAUUGGAUGUUAUUGGAUUUACCAAGGAGAAGGAGUGGUUGGCUGAUGGGCCUAAUUCAGAUGCUGAUGCUUAUGCUCGGUACGAUGCCGAUGUCAAGCCCCGGGCACUUCCUCAAGCCGCUCACCAGGCUGCUGUUGAGAUCUCUUUGAUGCAACUUCUCGGCAAGCCUCUUACAAGCGUUUGCGAGGUUGCCACGCACGACCCCAAGAUUCAGGAUAUGCUUAAUGGCUGUGUCGUCUUGGGCUCUGAGCCUUUGGGCACUGCCCUGCGGUUCCCGAACCAAGACUCUAUGGAUGCGCUGGUCUUUGUCUUCAGUCAGAUUGGCGGAAAGACAGAAGCUCAGAUUGAGUCGCCGGAGAAAUUCAUUCUUGAGGGCGAGCCCGUGAAGAAAGUUACCCAAGGACCUCACCACGCUCUCUCAUUAACUAACUCCGAGAUCAAAUUUGCCUUCGCUAAGCGUUGCUCCCAGCUCAUGGGCCGCCGCAUCCCAGACCAGGUUAUCAGCUCCUCCGCCACGGUUGGAGACUUCGUCGCCGGUCUUUCCACCAGACUUAAGGAGAAGCCCGUGAACGUUACCAAGAAGCUGGCUAAGGUCAAGGCUGCCGGUUACCUGCCGCCCAACCUCAAGUUUAGCGGUAAGCGUAUUACCAAGGCUGAUCAUGACGAGGAUCUUGGCCGGAAGAAGACCAUCUACUCUGAGCUCCUCAACCGGGGUUUGCUCAUCUCCAGGGAUGAGACGAAGCCCAAGGCGUUUCGCUGA